AUGGACCAAAUAGUACACAUCGUGGAAUCCUCUUAUCCAAAUGAGUUUUUUAAAUUUAUAGAUUGGGUGUAUACAAAUUAUAAUGAUGAAUUGAAAAAUGGUGAUGGUUUAUUCUCUUUGAAUCCAAAAAUAUAUCAAUAUCAUUUACUCAUUGCAAUCGAUAGAUUUGAUUUCAAUAACAACAACAACAGCAGUGUUAAUAAAUAUUAUAAUAGUAAAGAAAAGGAUUAUGAUGUUUAUAUUAAAAGAUUAAGACUCUUAUUAAACGAUGUUAACCAAUUCACUCCCUAUUUAUAUGAAAUUAAUAAUUUUAAAUUUUUAAAUUGGUUUUUAACAAUUAUCGAAAAGUAUCACAGUGAUUCUUCAUUAUCCAAUUCUGCCCAAGAUCAAAGAUUUUUAAUUAAAGUUUUGGUUAAUUCAUUUAUGGAGUAUAUUACAUCAAAUUCAAAAUUACAAAUUUUUGAAUACAUUAAUCAAAAUUUACAUUUCAUUUUAAAGGAAAAAUCAGAUGGUGGAAUAUUCAGUAACCAAGAAUUAAAAUCUUUUUUACUUUUUUCACUUCAAAGAGGUGCAAUCAAGAUUUCUAAAUUCUUUUCAAAUGAAAAAUUAAUUAAAUAUAAAUUUAAUUGA